AUGCGCCCUUCUACUCCCCUCUCCGCGGCCCUCCCGCCAUUGAUCAUGGGCACCGCAACCUUCAAUUCUCAGUACAACGCAGACCCGUACGCCCUGCCAACGACCGAACUCGUUCAGCGCGCAUUAUCCCGAGGUAUCCGCGCCUUCGAUACAUCACCCUACUACGGUCCCGCCGAAGAACUGCUCGGCCGCGCCCUCGCCACAGAAUUCGUGCAAUCGUCCUUUCCCCGCGAAAGCUAUCAUAUUCUCACAAAAGUCGGUCGCAUAGGAGGCUCUUCCUUCGACUACUCUCCUUCAUGGAUCCGACAUAGUGUGCGCCGCAGUUUGCAGCGCCUGCACACCUCAUAUCUAGACGUGGUCUACUGCCACGAUGUGGAAUUCGUCACACCCGCUGAAGUCCUUACUGCCGUUCGAGAGCUACGCAGCCUCCGAGACCAAGGUCUCAUCCGAUACGUUGGUAUCUCGGGAUACCCAGUCGAUACACUAAGUGCGCUUGCGGAAACAAUUCUUCGAGAGACGGGCGAGCCACUGGAUAUCGUGAUGUCUUAUGCCAACUUCACGCUACAAAACACAAGAUUGCAUUCUCGUGCACUACCCCGACUCAUCGCCGCCGGGGUUGAUGUCGUGCCCAAUGCUUCACCAUUGGGUAUGGGACUGCUGCGCCGUGACGGUGUGCCAAUUGGAUCAAUGGGCGAUUUCCACCCUGCGCCUGAUGCGCUGCGCGCUGCUGUAGCCCGCGCGGCGGUGCGUGCGUCGUCGCAUGGCGAAAAGCUCGAGGUCAUUGCGAUUCGAUUUGCGUUGGAAUCGUGGCUUCGGGUCGGUGCGCGGGCAGGUGGGCUUGGGGCACCGCUUGCGAAGGGCGCAAACGCAGAUCCUGGUUUCUUGUCUGUUGCCAAUCUGGGCACCGGGAAGCGGCUUGGAGUCAGCGUUAUGGGUGUGAGCAACAUCGCAGAGUUGGACGAGACUAUGCGUGUGUGGCACAGUAUCGUUGAUGGGCUAGAGAAUUGGGGUGAAGAUGAUGAUGACUAUUUCAAUACCAAGUUAUCGACUCCGUCAACUCCCGCUCUGGGUGCUGUUCCUACAGCGGAGAAUACCAGCAUUCUGACGCCCGGUGAAGGAGUCACAGAUCGUGCUUGGUCUCGUGCGCGCGGUGCCCAUAUCUUGGAACUCGCGAGGGAGAUCCGAGACGUCAUUGGUGCGGAACUGGUCGAUUAUGUUUGGGACAGUCCGUCGCCUGAUUUUGUCAAUCAGGUGUCCGAGGAGCAUCUUGUUUUGAAGCACCGGAUUCAGGCCGAAGAAAGGACAGGGAAGAUAGACUUGUCUUCUCUUCCACCAAGCGAGGAGGCCAUGCUGACCCCACCGUCAGAUGUGGAGCGGCAGCUUGCAUAG